CCCGUUCUACCGAAUCCCAUCUCGACGAUUAUUAAACCAGUUGCCGCCAGCCUUACAGAUUUCAUUGACGGAGCCCUUGACGUGUUAUACUACAGUUCGAUCAACAUUGGCACGCCCUUCCAAACGCUCACGGUCGACAUUGACACAGGCUCUGCAGACCUUUGGUUCCCUGCAAACUGUCCAUCUUGCUUCAGAGACCAGUUUGUCCCCGAAAAGAGUAGCUCCUACAUCAACAAGAGAAGGAAAUUCUCCGUGGUCUACGGCUCUGGAAGCGUCAAAGGGGUACUAGCCACGGAGACAAUCAAAUUUGCCGAUGUCACCGUUCAAAACCAGACUUUUGGCGCCGUCAGUGCGACAACGGAUGAUUUCAACUACUUUCCAAACGAUGGCUUAUUGGGAAUGGCGUUUGGGACCAUAGCACGUUGCAGGCAGCCAACACUGUUUGAGAACAUGAUGGCUACAGGGUUGGUUCAGGCUCGUAUGUUUUCGGUGCAUCUCACAAGGAAACAGGAGACGGGCUCUGAGGCAAGUUCUUCCGUCACUCCAAUUGUUGAUCUAUUAAACGUUUUCUCUGUAGCUCUGUCUGGGAUGCCGCGAUCCUACAAAAGCAAGGGAGAAGCCUAUCUACAUAGACGUUAA